UUUAACAUGGUAUCAUUUGAGCUUUUUUUUCUCUAAGUGGUUUGGGCCUCAUUUUUUUUGGGCUAGUACCCGUUUUCAUUGCUCGUACUUCGUCUAGGGCACAAAUCUUCAUUUUUCUCCCAUUUUUUUCUAUUAUCGUGCUUCUUUGAUAGCUUUUUCAUGGAUGAUAUUGAUUUUCAUCAUCCUUUGUUUAUUCAUCCUUCCGAUACACCGAGAAUACUCCUUGUUUCUUAUCGUUUGACCGACGUUGAGAAUUAUACUAUCUGGAGUUGUUCGCUACAAAUUGCUUUGCUAGCGAAGAACAAACUCGGCUUCGUUGAUGGUGUUUGCCUUCGUUCGGCUUAUCCUGACUCUCUACAUGCUCAAUAGGAUCAGUGUAUUGCCUUUGUGCUUUCCUGGCUUCUCAACACUGUUAGUCCGAAUUUGUCUGCGGGGCUCGUCUUUGCUUCUGAUUCUGCUGCGAUUUAGAAGGAUCUCAAGGAUCGGUUUAGCAAAGUGGAUGGUUCCCAUAUUUUCUUUCUCCACUGAUCAAUUGCGCAUCUUACUCAAAGUGAUGCUACUGUUUCCUCUUAUUUCACGCAAUUAAAGUUGCUUUGGGAUGAAUACACUACUCUUGUCUCUUUUUCCGAUUGUGCAUGUGAGGUUGCCCAUCAAAAUUAGAGUCACAUUCAUCAGUAGCAGUUAUUUCAAUUUUUGAUGGGUCUCAAUGAGACCUAUGCUGCAGUUCGAAGCCAGAUCCUCUUAAUGCAGCCUUUACCCUUGGUAAAUCGGGCGUAUUCCAUGAUUGUCCAAGAAGAAGCUCAAAGGAGUUUUUCCUCUGUUUUGUCGCAUGUUCUCGAUCCUGUGGCUUUAUCUUCCACUGCAUCUGGCAACCGUAAGAAAUUCACUAGUACCUAUGAUUUUUGCAAGUUGAAGGGGCAUAAAAAGGAGUCAUGUUACCGCCUAAUUGGAUUCCCGCCUAAUUUUAAAUUCAAUCGGAAGAAGGCUUCUUCAAUUGCUGUUGCUGUUUCCUUUGAUGACUCUUCACUUAAUCCUCAGAGUGCCCCUACCUUCAUUCCUCAACAGUAUUCACAGAUCCUGGACUUGCUGAAUAAGAGUCAAGCUACUACUGCACCUGCUGUGAAUUGUGCAGGAUCUCUCUAAUGGCAGGAUGAAGGAGAUUGGUAGACACCUAAAUGGCCUUUACUUGUUUGAGCGUUCUUCUGCCCUGGUUAAGUCACCUAGUUCUCUUUCCUCUUUGUCCAACUCGUUUUUACCUGCUUCUAUUUCUUGUAUGACUUCUACUGCAACUAAAAUUCCCUUAUGGCAUGCACGUUUAGGGCAUGUGCCUAUGCACAAAUUACAUCUUUAUCUUUAUUUAAUAAUUUGACAAUUAAUAAAGACUUCACUUGUUCUGUAUGUCCCAUGGGUAGACUGUCUAAACUGCCUUUUCCUGUUAGUACUUCUAGGGCAAAGACUCCAUUUAGUUUGAUACAUCUUGAUGUUUGGGGACCUUAUAGGAUGUCCACCCAUUGUGGUCAUCGUGUUUUCUUAACCAUUGUUGAUGAUCACACGCGAAUGACCUGGGUGUACUUACUGAAGCUUAAAUCUGAUGUUAUUUUAGCUCUUAAACAGAUUUUUUCUAUGGUUAAAACAUAAUUUUCUACUGUUAUUCAAACCGUCCAGAGUGAUAAUGGUUCUGAGUUUUUCAACUCUUCUUGUUCGUUUUAUUUUGCGUCCUUAGGGAUUCUCCAUCAAAGUUUCUGUGUUGAUACACCUCAGCAAAAUGGCAUUGCUGAGCGUAAGCAUAAGCAUCUUCUAGAAAUUGCUCGUGCUUUGCAUUUUCAGUCGAACGUUCCAAUAAAAUUUUGGGGUGACUAUAUUUUAGUUGCUUGUUACAUCAUAAAUAGGCUUCCUUAUUCUAUUUUAGCUUGGUGAACUCCAUUUGAAUUGUUCUAUAACAAACCUCCAGAUUUUUCUUAUUUUUGUGUUUUUGGGUGUCUUUGUUUUGCAGUCAAACCCCACUAUUCUGAUAAUUUUUCUCCCAAAUCACUUCCUUCGAUUUUUAUGGGCUAUUCCUCUUCUCAAAAGGGUUAUAUUUUGUUUUGUUUGGAGUCAAAAAAGUUUUUUGUCAGCAGAAAUGUCAAAUUUGUUGAAGAUGUUUUUCCUUUUCGGUCUACUUCUGAUGAGUUUCCUGUUUUGUUUCCCCCUACUCCUGCAAUAUCAGAUUUCGUUCCAGCUUCAGUAAGUAUAUCCCAACCUCCAAUUUCUCCUCCUCUACCAAUUAUUGAGCCUAGGCGGUCUAGCAGAACCGUUAAGCUUCCUUCUUGGUUAAGAGGUUUUGUUUAUCCCUACCAAUCUUCUUCAUCCGUAGGUGCUUCUUCUUCUCAUUUUCCUUUUAAUCCUCACGCUUUUGUUUCUUCUCUUGUGAACAUUACUGAGCCUCUUUCUUUUUCUGAGGCUUGAAAGUCUCCCCACUGGAUUCAAGCCAUGCAAGAGGAAAUUCAGGCAUUAGAAUCUAAUCAUACAUGAACUGUUGUACCUUUGCCUCCGGGAAAGGUUCUUAUAGGCUGUAAAUGGGUGUACAAGGUUAAACUUUGAGCUUCUAGUGAAAUAAAAUGAUAUAAAGCUCGUUUGUUUGCUAAAGGGUACAAUAAAAAAAGGGGGAUUGAUUAUUUGGACACUUUUUCCCCUGUCGCUAAAAUGGUCACUAUUCGCACUAUUUUAGCUCUUGUUGCUUCUUUUAGCUGGCCCAUUUAUCAAAUGGAUGUAUCCAAUGCAUUUCUUCAAGGUGAUCUUUAUGAAGAGAUCUUUAUGACUUUGCCUGAGGGUUUCCGCAGCCAGGGGGAGCAUAUGGUAUGUUGAAUGCAGAAAUCAUUGUAUGGGUUGAAGCAGGCAUCUAGGCAGUGGAAUGCCAAGCUUACUGAAGCUCUUAAGUUGGCUAGUUUUGAGCAAAACAAGCAUGACUAUUCUCUUUUCACUAAAAAGAAAGAGGGCAAGAUGGUUAUUAUACUAGUAUAUGUUGAUGAUCUUCUUAUCACUAGAAAUAACAUAAAUAUGAUUACUGACUUGAAAGGGAUUCUGAACCGAAAUUUUAAGAUGAAGGAUUUAGGAGAAUUAAUAUACUUUCUUGGGAUUGAAGUUUUAAGGUCUCAAGAAGGAAUUUUGCUCAAUCAGCUGAAGUAUGCACAAGAACUCAUCCAAUAUGCAGGUUUAAGUGAAACGAAGGUUGCUCUUACACCACUUGAGCAGAAUCAGAAAUUAACAACUGCAGAAUUUGAUGAAGUAAUUCAGCAGCAUCAAGAAGAUACGUUGAUAGAAGAUAAAACAGUUUAUCAGAGACUCAUUGGAAGAUUGAUAUAUUUAACCCAUACAAGGCCAGACAUCACCUUUGCUGUUAGUCAUCUUACUCAGUUCAUGCAAAAUCCAAAACAGUCACAUAUUGAAGCAGCGAUGAAAGUAGUGAGAUAUAUAAAGAGAGAACCAAGGCUUGAAAUUUUCUUGAAGGCCAUCAAUAAACACCAGUUGGUAGCAUAUUGCGAUUCAGAUUGGGCCUCUUGUCCAAUGUCAAGAAGAUCAGUUUCAGGUUUCUAUGUGCAGUUAAGAGAUUCACUCAUCUCCUGGAAAUCGAAGAAACAGUGUACUGUGUCCAAAUCUUCUGCUGAAGUAGAAUAUCGAAGUAUGACAGCUGUUACAUCAGAACUGGUUUGGGUUUCAGGCUUAUUCAAAGAACUGGAGAUAAGUGUAACUGAACCAGUGAGACUGUUUUGUGACAACAAAGCAGCCCUUCAAAUAGCAGCAAACCCUGUGUAUCAUGAGAGGACUAAGCACAUAGAGAUUGAUUGUCAUUUUGUAAGAGAAAAGAUACAAGGGCUUAUAACUACUGAAUAUGUUUCAACGAUAGAUCAACUGGCAGAUGUUAUGACGAAGGCCUUAGGGUCACAACAACAUAGUCAUCUGAUUUCCAAGUUGGGGUUAAAAAAAUAUUGUUACACCUCCAACUUGAGGGGAAGUGUAGAAAGAAUUAUAUGGGGUUGAAAUAGUUAGUAUAGUUAGUUUUCUGUUAUGAAUUAGUUAUGCUUGAGUUGUAUAAAUACAUUAAUAGUAGUAACUUUAUGAAAGUGGAAUGUGCAGAUACAUUUUUAACAUAAAAUAA